AUGGCUCAGGGUGAAGCUCAGAACUUGGGGAAGAAUGAAAGUGAGGUGAAUGGCCUUGCAAGUCACUGUCACUCGGCGGGCUUGAGACGGAGAAGGAAGCCACCCUAGACAGGACUCUCACCAAGCUUCAAGCCACCUACCAAAGACUUGGCCUCGGGCUCCACCGCACUCUGGAGCCUGAGGCCAAGGCCUCUGACUCGGGCUCCACAGCCAUCCUGUGGAGUCUGGGGCUGAGGUCUUCUGCUUGGGCCCUCAAGGCCUGGGCUGGAGACUCCGCCUCAGACUCCAGAGACGACUGGGAAGCACGAGAUUGGGGACCCCGACCGGCAACACGUCACCCGAGAGGAAGAUCCGGCAGCGGCUCUGACCCUGCCGGACAUAACCAGAAAACAAGGUAG